AUGAAGCCCAUCCAGUUCGUCCUUUCGCUCCUUGUUGCCGCAAAGCUGGUAACGACUAGCACCGCUGGCUACGAGUGGCAUCCGGAGGCCGAUGUUGAAGUCCCCGGCGACGACAAGGUCGUUGUCCACCCCCAACACGCGUUGCGACGCGCGCAAACCACGUUGGACUUGGGGUCCGAGUCUGGUAGUCUGGAUGGUACUACCGACGCAACGUCGACGACUGAAACGGAGCUACCUACGACGAUCAUGGUGCUACUGCCUGACAACCUUGCUCCAAGCUACUCUGGCUCGGGCAGUGUCAUGUUCUUCGAUGGAGCCAUAGGAGAAAAGGACAAGAGCGAGAGCAAGUCGGCAAGCUCGGACGCUACUGGUGACGAGGCAUCCAGCGCAGCGUCGGUCGAGAUGAUGACAGUGCUGACCGCGUUUACGAUGGUACUUGCAGUUGCCGCGCUGUAA